GCUGUAGUUUUCUGAACCAAUUAGAGAUCUCCACAAGUGUUUUAAUAAAUGUUGCAUGCAAUAUGUAAUUUCUUUGCAAGUUCUUUGUUGUUUCUCUUUCAUAAAUAAAUUGCCUGAUAUAGAACGCGUCUUCAUACUCUUGCAGCAGAGCGCAGUUACAAUGACAUCUUAAACCACCUGAACUUGACUAAAAGCAAUGAUCUGUACACGAUGAGCCGGCGUGUCAGAAAUCACAAACAUCACACACCGGUGUACCUCAAUAUGGGGCUGCAUGCCAUUCUGGAUGUGAGAGAGACUGAGCAAACUUUGAAGACUUACAUUUGGAUUUACAUGGAAUGGGACAAUGAUUUCACUAGGUGGAAUCCAGAUGACUUCUGUGGCCUUAAACAUGUAAUAGUUCCAAAGGAAGCUUUGUGGCAGCCAGAUCUAAAUAUUGAAGAGAUGAUAGAGACGAAUGAUUCCCCUCCAAGUCCUUAUCUCAACAUUAUGUCUGAUGGCAAAGUCAAAUUUAGAAAAGACCAAGUGGUGAUCACCACCUGCAAGAUGCAUGUCUAUAAAUUCCCUUUUGACACCCAGAACUGCUCCAUCACCUUCAAGUCACUGGUGUUCUCUGAUGAAGAAAUACGUUUAAGAACAAACAAAAACAAUACAGCAAUCUCAGAGAGAUCCCGCAGGAUGAUGAGAAAGGAGUACGAGUGGGUGUUCGUUGACAUGAAUGUCAAAAAAGAAACUUUCAACCAUUUCGGCUUUUACCAAAAUAGGAUCGUUUACACUAUCAAAAUGGAGAGGAGGUCUGUCCUCUACAUCGCAAACUUCCUGCUCCCCGUCUUCUUCUUCUUGUGUCUGGACUUGGCCUCCUUUCUGAUCUCAGACACCGGGGGUGAGAAGCUCGGCUACAAGAUCACCGUGUUGCUUGCUGUCACCGUGAUGCAGCUGAUUCUCAAUGAAAUCCUGCCCAGCUCGUCAAACAGGAUCCCUCUUAUAGCCGUCUACUGCAUAGGGAUUUUUUCUCUGAUGCUGCUCAGCCUCCUGGAGACCAUUUUGGUGAUGCAUCUGAUAGAGAAAGACGCUACAACCCAAGACAAUGAGACAGAUGGAGAGCAAACCCCGAAAGGGAGAUGUGGAGAUUUCUCCAGUUCAGAUGCACAAUAUAUGGUCAAUCAGAGCUUGGGGGAAACGCCAGGAAAUAACUCCAAUUCAGAGUUUUAUGGAGAUGAACUGGCAUUCAACCGGAGCUCUGAGAAUAUUUCAGUAUUCCUAUCAUAUCACCCUUCCUUCUCCCCCGUUGAUUUUUUCAACCCAGAACUUGAAGACAUGAGUUAA